UCCAAUUAACUUUUCUUACAUAGUUUGUCUGCUGUCUUCACAUAGGCAUCUUCGUAGUUUAUAGUCUUCGAAUUUGUUUCGGGCGAUAGUAUAGCUGCAUAUUUAACAGGAGGAUUGUAGAGCUUUAUGUGUGUGUUUGUAGUUAAGUUUGACAGCUAGCAGGUGGAAUCGUGAUAGAGUUCAACGUGUUUUCCAUCAUUCAUCUGUCGGUGUGUGUUGUGUCUCAUCGCACAAGUGAACGACUACGUGGAAAUGACAAGUAAAUACCAGCAGGGGUUUGGACGGUUUAGGAACACAGCAUGUUGGUGACUGUGUUACUGCUUCUGGUCACGCUGUGUGCCCAGGGAGGACAUGGCGAGGAGAAAGUGGAGGCACAGAGACCCGGCCAUGUUUCGGUGGUGAUAGUGGGAGGCACGGGUGACUUGGCAAAGAAGUACCUGUGGCAGGGCUUCUUUGAGCUGUACGUUAACCAGGUCAGUAGCGGAAACACCUUUUCCUUCUUCGGCGGAGGACUGUCACCUGAUGACCAGGGCACACCAGUCCUCUUUGAGAUCCUGAAGGCAGUGUUCUGUUUGAAGCACGUAUCUGAGGAGCGGUGUGCUGUGCUGAAAGACCAGUUCCUGCGGCUCGCUCAGUAUCGGCAGCUGAAGACCCCUGAGGACUACCAGGAGCUAGCCAAGCACAUUGACAAACAACUUCAGGAAGAGGGAAUGACAGAGGCAGGGAGGCUCUUCUACCUCUCAGUGCCAGCAUUUGCCUAUGCAGAUAUUGCUGAGAAGAUCAAUAACAGUUGCAGGCCGACCAGUGGGGCGUGGCUGAGGGUGGUGCUGGAGAAACCUUUUGGACAUGACUUCAGGAGUGCUCAGGUACUCGCAUCUCAGCUUGGUAACUCUUUGAAGGAAGAAGAAAUGUACAGAAUUGACCACUACUUGGGGAAGCAGGUGGUUUCAAAGAUACUUCCAUUCAGAAUAGAGAACAAGAAGUCUCUGGAUCCCAUCUGGAACAAGAACCACAUCGAGAGAGUGGAGAUUGUUUUGAAAGAGACCCUGGACGUUAAAGGUCGUAUUCCCUUCUACGACCAGUAUGGGGUGAUCAGAGAUGUGAUACAGAACCACUUGACCGAGGUCAUGACACUGUUGACCAUGACGCUUCCCCUGAAUCUAAGCAGCAGUGAAGAAGUUACCCAGAACAAGCUGCAGAUCUUCAGUUCCCUGCUACCUUUAGGAAAGAAUCAAGCUGUGAUAGGCCAGUAUCAAGCGUACAAAACGGAAGUUCAACAGGAGCUGAAUAAGACAAAAGAUCAUGUCAGUGUCACACCAACAUUUGCAGCUGUGUUGGCACACAUCGAUGAGGCCCGGUAUGAUGGUGUCCCAAUUCUUUUGAUCUCAGGGAAGAUGUUAGAUGAACGAGUGGGAUACGCACGUAUUCUUUUCAAGAAUGAUAUCUUUUGUCUUCAGAACCACAACAGCAUUCACUGCAAGCCCAAACAGAUAGUUUUUUACUUUGGGCAUGGCAGCCUUCAAUAUCCAGCAAUUCUUGUAAGUAAGAAUUUAUUCAAGCCAGCUCUAAUGGAUGAGUGGAAGGAACAGACAGAGCAUAAAGAUGUCAAUAUACUAGGUUUGCCUAUUUCGGACUACUAUGUGCAAACUCCAACAGUGCAGAGGGAAGCUUAUGCAGAACUUAUUUCUCAUAUUUUUGCUGGACGCAAAAAUAGUUUCAUUAGUACUGAAAACCUCCUGGCUUCCUGGGGCUUAUGGACACCACUGCUCAGUUCCCUAGUCAGCUCAUUUCCUCGCAUCUACCCCGGAGGUGCCGACAACGAGGACCUGCUGGACAUCCGUCUGAAAGGGAACGACAUAAGCUACAACAGCGAGGUAGUGAUAAUCAGCCCCGAUCAGAUGGGUGGCACGUCAGCAAAUGGUUUCCAAGUGAUGCAAGGUAAAUAUCGUAGUGCAGACAUGGUGUCUGCCUGGGCUGAGGAGCUGGUUGAGAGGCUGGCUGCAGACAUACAGGAAGCCGCGGAGGCAGCUGUGCGUGAGGGUGGUGUUUUCCAUCUCGCCUUCUCUGGUGGGUCCACACCCCUCGCUCUGUUCCACAGGCUGGUCCUGCACCACUUCUCCUUCCCAUGGAGGAACACCCAUGUGUGGAUGGUGGAUGAGCGCUGCGUGCCACUCACUGAAAUGGAGUCUAACUUCCACAGCUUGCACGAUCAUCUACUGCAGCAUGUGCGGAUACCCUAUUACAACAUCCACCCCAUGCCAGUGCAGCUCAACCAGCGGUUAUGUGUGGAGGAGGAUGGAGCAGCACUGCUGUACGAGAAGGAAGUUAGCAAGCUGGUCAAUGGCUCCAGGUUCCACUUUGUUCUGUUGGGAGUCGGCUAUGAUGGCCACACAGCCUCUCUCUUCCCUGGUAUUAAAAUGGAUGGCCUUGAGGAGAGGCUAGUGGCCCUCACUGAAAGCCCUGUCAAACCUCACCAGCGUAUGAGCCUCACAUUCAGUGCCAUUAACCGAGCCCACCGGGUUGCUCUUUUAGUGAUGGGCAAAGGCAAACAUGAGCUGAUCACCCAGCUGAGCCGAACGAAGGACAACCCAAACAAAUGGCCAGUCACUGGGGUGAAGCCUGCUAAUGGCAGGCUUGUUUGGUACAUUGACUAUGAUGCACUUAUAGGAUAGGGAUUAUAUUCCUAACUUUCAAUCAGACAAAUGUCUUUGGAGCUGCUUUAAUUGGACAGCUGGUUGGUGGAAAAGAAUGUAUAAGUCAGCACUUGAAGGACUAGUGGUUUUACAUGUUUAAGCUUAUUAACUACAAAUGAUAAAAUACAUAACAUCACUGCCUAUAUUCCAGUACUUGCAGAAAUUAAACCUUGAUUAUGUGAAGUUCAGUGCACCAACAAGAAAGUUGUCUCUUUUGCAACUGCAAUUGAAUGUGACGACAACUAAACUUAAAGAAUCGGCAGCUCACUGCAAUGUUUUAUGUGAUGGGUUAGCUACCUCACAAGUUUCCACUCUUUGUAAAUUGAUUAUUAUAGCAUAAGGAACAUGCUGAAAUUGACUAAAUCCAAUGGCUGGCUGCCUGGAAGGAAGGAAAUCAGUCAAAACAAUAGCUUUGAAACUGGUGGCAGUAAUGUCAAGUGUUUGCAAUCUGUAGUUGAUAUGUUAAAAGAACUGGUGGGGUCCUUUUUAAUAUAUAUCUAAUGGUAAAACAUCAUUGGAAAAAUCUUUUUCCGUGUGUGUGGUUUAUCUAAGCCUAAUUAAGUAUGAAAUGAGUGAAAAUCUAUACAAAUAUAUGAAGUGUACAUGUCUGCAGUUUACAAAGUGCAGGGUAUCGAGCACUAUAUGAAUAUCUGAUGUUUUAAACAUCUGGUGCCUAAACCAAUUCCAACAAACACAAAGAUUAAUUUACUUAUUACAACCCAGGUUUGUUUCUAUGUGUGAAUUAUAUAAAAUCUCAGGUGAAUUUGCAGAGAUACAUACUGUGUAGUCUACUUUUACUUGAUUGUAUGUUUUUAUUGUGGAGUAGCAGUGACCCACCUAAAAUUCCAUCAUUUACUUAAAGGAUAUGGAUGGUGAUUUUCUUGGCUCAUUAAUGUGUUUUUAGUAGUUUUUGGACAUCAAUGGAGGUCUAUGGCACAGAGGAAUAAGAUAUACCAGACUUUGGAUACACACACAAUACGUCUAAGUAGGUUCAAUCCAUUGUUGGUUUGGCUUUACACAUGAGACAAUAAAGAAAUAUGGAAAAUCACCAAACUUAUCCUUUGACAUAAGGGCUGAAAAUGAAACUGGUUCCAUAAAAGCAAUUAUAUAUUUUGUUCAUAUGCAAGUAAAAGACAACAUACAUUUGUAAUAAAUAUCUUUCAAGUAAUGUGAAAUAUUUGCUGCUUCACAUUCCUGAUCUGUACACAUUCCAUCAUGAAUAUUCAAUAUCUGUGACCUUACAGUGAUUUUUUUUUUCUUUGUUAAAGAAUGAUUCCAAAUAAAUGUAGCUUUAUUACAGUUUGAGGUUGAUUAAGUAUAUCAAAUUUAUGAACUUGUGGUGAAAGACCCUCUUCAAAUUAAAGUGCAUUGCUACUGAA